GCCCGUGCAGCAGCCGAGCAGCUCAGCCGCUACUCCCUGCCUUCUGCCAUCAGUUUCAGCUGCAGUACACAUCUUUUGAUCCUACUCUGUAGCUUCCAACGUUCACAGCAGCCAUGGACACCAAAGUGCAGACGAUCCUUUUCAUGGCGUCGGCAACCCUUCUCAUAUUAGUGCUUGCUGUGAAUGCAGAGGACCACUUGGAUACAUAUUCAAAUGCUGUGUCUAGCCCAGCGAGUCCGAGAGGAAGGUUUCUUUUGAACGUGACUCCUCGAAGAAAUACUUGCAAAUACAACAAAUCAAUUUGCCGCCAGGCAGGCUCAGCUGGUCCUGACUGCUGCGAUGAGGUGUGUGUUGACAAAAGCACUGAUUUCAACAACUGUGGGUCAUGUGGCCGUGACUGUCACUUUGGGAAAACCUGUUGCGAUGGUGACUGUGUGGAUCUUCAGAAAGAUGAAGACAACUGUGGAAGGUGCGGACUGGUGUGCCCCAGGAGAAUCUCGACUCACAACCGCCAUGGACGAUGUGAGAAUGGGCUCUGUGAUUACAACUGAUCAUUGCACGAGGCAUCCUAGUGUUCAUCAUACUAGGAUGAAAGUUUUGUUUCAAGCCCGAUGAUUUUGUAUCUGUUCAGACUUCGGUCCUAGCUGAAAGCAAGCGAAGAAAUUGAAUCCUUGUUACGAACACUCAUCUUUCGGAAUCAGACUUGAUGUGAUUGAAUCACAAUAAUUUCAGAGUUUUUUGAUUAUAUAUGUAUUU